AUGACGUCUUACAACAAGGAUACCGAUGCCAUUCAACACUCACCUGCGCUUUCGUCUGAAACAUCGUCGCAACUCGACGAUACAUACGAAGCCUACAAGAACAACCAAACAGCCGAUGUUGAUCUAGUUGAAGCAAAGAAAACGCUCAGAAAGAUCGAUUUUCGCAUACUGCCAAUACUAUUUUUCACAUAUCUACUGCAGUAUCUUGAUAAGAAUGGCAUUAACUAUGCUUCGGCGUUUGGCCUGCAAGAAGGCACCAAUCUGAAAGGACAAGAUUACUCUUGGCUGGGCAGCAUCUUCUACUUCGGAUAUCUCGCUGGGCAGUAUCCCGGGAGCUACCUGCUGCAACGUCUCCCUAUGGCCAAGUUCCUCGGUUUCUGCACCCUUGGUUGGGGUGUCAUUCUUAUGACCACACCCGCAUGCCAUAAUUUUGCUGGAAUGGCUGCAAAUCGCUUCCUACUUGGUCUAUUCGAGGCUACCGUCAAUCCUGGCUUUGUCCUGAUUAUAAGCAUGUGGUACACUUCAGCCGAACAACCCCUUCGACUUGGAGCGUACUACUGCACCAACGGAAUUGCCACUAUGUUUGGCGGACUCAUCGGUUACGCAGUGGGUCACAUCAAGUCAGGCUUGCCUCGCUGGAUGUACGUCUUCCUGAUCUUCGGAUCUGCAAGUACCGUGAUGGGCAUUGUUAUCCUACUCUUUCUGCCCGAUCUGCCAACUACAGCCAAGUUUCUCACUGAGAGACAACGCGGCAUUGCUGUUAAUCGAGUCUCUGGGAACAGGCAGGGAGUCAAGAACAAGCACUUCAAGGUUUAUCAAGCAUGGCAGACGCUUUAUGAUCCGAAGACUUGGAUCUUAUUUGUCAUGGCCACCGGCGCACAGAUACCGAAUUCGGCUCUGACCACAUUCAGCUCAAUGAUCAUCAAGUCCUUCGGUGUCGACACACUAGGAACUCAAUACCUCCAGAUCCCCGGUGGUGCCGUACAGUUUGUCUCUCUCCUUGUUGGCAGCUAUAUCUGCACACACUGGCCCAAUAGCCGUUGUCUCACCAUGACUGUGGCCAAUAUCAUCUGUAUCAUUGGCGCAAGUCUGCUGGUCGCGCUACCAAGUAACAACAAAUGGGGCCGACUCGUUGCGUUGUGGAUGUGUUACUUCCAAGGCCUUGGAUUCAGCAUGAGCUUGACCAUCGUCUCAAGCAACAUCGCUGGGUACACCAAAAAACAGCUCACUGGUGCAGCUUUGUUCACGGGCUAUUGUGUAGGCAACAUCAUCGGGCCGCAGACGUUCAAGAGCAGCGAGGCGCCUGGGUACAAGUCUGCAUACAUUGCUAUGCUCAUCGGAUAUUCUGUCAAGCUUAUCGCUGUGCUUGUGCUCUUUGCCUACAUGUGGUCAAUAAACAAGAAGCGUGACAGAGAGUCUGCAAGCGGUGUCCAGCUCACAGAUGAGGAAACAAAAGCAGCUGUCGAAGCAGGGAUGCACGAUGUCACUGAGAUCGACAACAAAGGUUUCCGUUACAUACUGUAA